AUGAAAUUUCACUUAAAGUCUCUAGGGUAUGAGGUUUGGUCUGUUGUAGAAAAUGCUUACACAAAAACUACACCACCUACUACCCCAGAUGAGAAGAAGGCCUAUGAAAGUGAUGCAAAGAACUCAAAUGCUAUAUGUUGUGGUCUUACAAAUGAUGUCUUGGUAAAAGUUAUGGAUUGCAAAAAUGCAAAGUCCAUUUGGGACAAGUUGUCUAGUAUCUAUGAGGGAGAUGAAAAAGUCAAAGAAGCAAAGUUACAAGCUUACAGAGCUAAGUUUGAAAGUCUUAAAAUGUGUAAUGAAGAAAAAAAUAUUGAUUACUUUUUAAGAGUUCGAGAUGUGAAUUAUAUUCAUGAUGAAAGAGAUGUAAAACAUGUUACUUUUGAUGCUUUACAUGACAUUUUUACUGCAUAUGAAAUGAGGAUUAGUAAUGAUCCUCCAAGCAAAGAAAUAACUUUCAAAUAUGUUAAAAUAGAUGCUAAUUUUGAUUCAGAAAAACUUGAAGAUAAUGAGUCUAUCUUUGUAAGCAAGUUAAGAAGAGUUUCUAGUAGAUACAAAGGCAAACUGCCUUUCAAGUAUUUUGGUUGUGGCAAAAUUGGGCAUUAUGUUGCACAAUUUCCUAAUAAGGACAUAUACAAUGUAACAAACAACUAUACUGAUGAGGCUCUUAAGGAAGGAGAGGAAACUCGCUUUAUGGCUAUUAUAACAUCAAAUGAAAGUCGGGAGAUUAUUAAUUCAGAUCAUUUUGAAUCUGAAAUUGGCAUAGAAGGAGAGCUAAAAGCUUCUCUCAAAGAGAUAAAAAGGUUAAGAAAAGAAGCUACUUUACAAAAGGAUAAAACUCAGCGAGAUGUUGAAUUCAUAUCUGAUCUCAAACAUCAGAUUAAAGAUAACAAAAAGAUUCUUGAGUUAACUCAAGAAACACCGAACCAUAAAGAAAUAGAGUGUUGCUAUUUAGAAGCAUAA